CUCAACGACGUUCUCGCUCUGGUCUGUUCCCCAUGAGGGCAUUAAGGUAGAAACUUUUCGCGAGCGACCCCUGCCCAACGAACCAACCAUCAGCCCGAAGAUUUCAAUUUCGAGAAUAAGAAAAUAUGCGCGACCAGCGACACAACACCGAAGGAAACAUUUAGUUGGAGAAAGAGCAAGACAGAGGCCAUCACUGACAAAACUGAGUGCUGUAGAAGUUAGUAGACAAAGUUUUCACCCUGCUUAGCCUAACAGUGCUGUGCAAGUGCUUCAAAGAGAACAUGCACGAGGACUUCCUCUGUUAUGUAGGAAAAAAUGGCAAUUUGGUGCUUUUUUCGGAGAGAUAAAGAUAGUUGAUAGCCCUCUCUAGUUCGCCACUAAACAAGUACCACCAUGGAGAACUACCGGAAGCUGGAGAAGGUCGGGAAAGGGACCUACGGCGUCGUGUAUAAGGCUCAGGACGUGAAGAACGGCGAGAUUUUAUCGUAUUGAAAAGCGCCCCUACCCCUCCCGACCCCAGGGGCAUUUGCAAUUGCACUGCAUAGCUUUUCCAUGGAAAUACUCAUCUUAAUGUCAUCAUCAUGCACAUUCCAGAGACAGAAACAAAUAUUCGACAAACAAUAUUUGCGCGAAGCUGUUUUGCAAAAAGACCACGUCGAAGAGCGGGGCUUUUCGUGUGCGAGCUGCUUGCAGCGAGUAUCAAGUAAUCUCUGAAGCCAAGAGAAUCCUUGUCUGCAAAAAAUUUGAGAUUCCAUUAUUUGCAUUUGGAAGCUUUGCAUCACAAACCUGAGGCGGUUGAACAACGGGCUCCAGGGCACAACUUUUCAGGUUGACAGAAAUUCGCACUGAAGGAAAUCGGGCUCGAAGCCGAGGAUGAAGGAAUUCCCUCCACCGCGAUCCGGGAGAUUGCGCUUUUGAAAGAGUUGCAGCACCCCAACAUCGUUCGCUUAUUCGACGUGAUUCACACCGAGUCCGAGUUGACGUUGGUUUUCGAGUUUCUCGACCAGGAUUUGAAAAAGCUGCUGGAUAUGUGCGACCGCGGGCUGGACGCGGCAACUUGCAAAAGCUUCAUGUUCCAGCUUUUGCGGGGCGUCGCCUAUUGCCACCAACACCGAGUACUCCACCGGGACCUGAAACCACAAAACCUGCUCAUAAACCGGGAGGGCGCGCUCAAGCUCGCAGACUUCGGGCUUGCGCGAGCGUUCGGUAUUUUAUUGGAGAACUUCAUCUAGUACAUUCAUCAAUCUACCUCUGCCCUUUAGGUUCAGUUCGACACUGCAUACCAACAGACUUUCGCUCUUUGAUGAAGAGAUGUCGACUUGAUGAAGAAGUUCCGGUGCCGAUAAUGUAACUGAAACUGACUCUCUAUGAAGAACGACCUGCAACUUCCAACUAUCCGCAUUUUUUUCCAACGCCAGGCAUCCCAGUUCGGUCCUACACACACGAAGUGGUGACUUUGUGGUAUCGCGGGCCGGACGUGCUUUUGGGCAGCCGCAAGUACAGCACCCCGGUCGACCUGUGGUUAUCAAAUGCAUUCAAAUGGGUCUAGGUCUGGAAGAAGAACGUGUCAAUUUUUUGUGUUGCGUGACGGCAAUUGGCAGGGAGAUGGAAUUAUUGGAAUGCACCCAAACGCAUUGCAGGUUCUGAAUCUGAACAGCCCUCUCGAUCAUGUCCAUCUCUCGGGAGUUCUCCUAUUUUUUGCCGUAAUAGAAAGAAGUAGGCGGCUAUGUAUUGCAAAUGCAAGUGCUGCUCAAAAUGCAUAACCGCUGUUCAUGUCGUGUAGUACCAGCACCCGACUGCGUAUCUUCACACGUUUGCAGAGCCUUCCAGACCCCGGCCUCACAAUUGCAAUGGAUAGUGGUCCUGUGGGUGCAUUUUCGCGGAAAUGAUCAGCGGCAAGCCAUUGUUCCCCGGGAACACGGACACCGACCAGCUGCAGAGGAUUUUCCGCGUGCUCGGCACCCCUUCCCCCAUGACAUGGCCAAAUAUCCUGUGUAAAAACGUCCCCACCCCAGAGUUGUCAUGCAGAUUUGCCAGGACAGGAACAUUUGUGAUGCGCAACCCCAUGACAGGCAUUUUCAAUCGUGUUUGGGAACUUGUAAUGCUGUAAACAGGAUCAGAAGGUCGAUUUGUGAUGCGGCUUUCCUUGCUAACUUGCACUACCCAACGGACUGGGAGUGCCAGGUCCGUUGGGCCCGGGGUGGCUGCGUCUUUGGGUUGAUCAAUUCACCUGAUACACAACGCCAUCCCGCAGCUGCACAGUCUGUUUAUGUCAUGCGUGACUCCUAAAACUCCUAGGUUUGUGUUGCAAAAUCCCCAUCCUGACUCUGAUGUGGGUACGUUUUUACUCAGGAUACCAAACGUCGCGGAUUUACCAGAGUGGAAAAACGACUUUCAGCGGUACGAAGGCAGGACGUGGGAGCAGAUUGCGCAGCACAUCGACGAGAGAACAAAAGUUUUGGACGAAUACGGGCUAGAUUUGCUGUCGCUGUUCCUCCAAUACGAUCCCACUAGCAGGAUCAGUGCGCGAAACGCGCUCGAACACGACUACUUUCGCGAUUUACCCGACAACAUAAAAUACCUGCCACAAUGAUUUGCUCUUCAGCAAUUGCCGCAUGGGGCUCCUGAGCAUGAUAUUGAUGAAACCAGAUUGCUGAAAGCGACGAACGACACUGACCGCGAACAAGAGACUCCAAUACUACAGACGAAAAGAACCCUGAUCACACAAAUCACGAACACCUACUUAACACGACACUACGGGACAUUGCAACUCAAUGACGAAAAAUGAUAUCGAAGAAUAUGAAUAUGAAAGAGCAACAACCGACAUGAUUGAUCCGAUCUGAUUCGAUGGCAAAAUCUUAUUUUCCAAGAAAUAUCAUUAACAUCAACCAUCGUCUUUUCUUGUUUUCUUUCAUAAUCAAAAUUGGGAUGAUGUGAUCUGAGGAGGAGGAUGAUGAUGAAGAUUAACACGACACUACGGGACAUUGCAACUCAAUGACGAAAAAUGAUAUCGAAGAGUAUGAAUAUGAAAGAGCAACAACCGACAUGAUUGAUCCGAUCUGAUUCGAUGGCAAAAUCUUAUUUUCCAAGAAAUAUCAUUAACGUCAACCAUCAUCUUUUCUUGUUUUCUUUCAUAAUCAAAUUUUAUGCUUCGAGAAAUUCGGAGAAUUUCGUUAGCAUCAGUUUUGAGUCGAAGAAAAUGAGUGUGAGGGAAUCUGAGUCUACGCUGUUCUAAGCGCGGUGGGUCGCGCAUACCGUAUAAACGCGAGUCCAUUUUCUCUUUUCUUCAGGCAAAUGGCAGCGCUAUGUCAUAGGAAGAUGUCAGGGAGAACAGUGCAAAUCUAUGGUAAUCACUGCGGAAAGCAGUGCUCUCUAUGGCUACUCCAUCACCCAUGCGGGAAUGAGUUCUGCCCGUUCACGCCGACAUGCAAGGGCAAGUGCUUACUUAGAUGCUCAGACUCCGAGAAAAGCGAUUACAUCAAAGACAAAAAAUCGGUAUACAUGGCCGAAGGACCCAAUAAUUACUUCAGAAAGACUUGUGAAAAGCCUUGCGUCAUCUGUAAUGAAGAGCUUCGCAGUCUGAGAUCUAAGAAAGCAGCGAAGGCGAUGCAGUCGACGCAGGAGAAAUCCAACGGCACAGUCGGCGCAGAGUCUCACUCGGCGUCUUCCGAGCUCAGUAAGGAGAAAAGACGGACCGAAGCAGGUCUUUUUACCGACUAAGAAGAGCAAAAGCCAUUCUCAUUCUUCCCGCCAAGCGGAGACACAAAGACACUCUCAAGAAAAAGACACUGUCAAUGAUUACUCUUCCGACAAUUGAACGCGUCUAAAAGCAUUCAAAUGAAAUUCCUGUCCUAAAAGAUUCAUCAGAAAUAGCAUGCGGCCAAGCAUCCUUCUCAAGCAUUCAUCAGCUCUGUUCUCUUUUCGUCUCGUGUUAUCUUCAAGCACGCAAGCCACGAGAUCUCCCUCACAGAGAGAGCAAUCCUCACAGCCAUAUUUUUCUUAGCAGUUUAUCAGAGAGAUUAGAGAGUAUUAUUUUCAGAGCGAGAUCCUUCUCAGAGAGAAAGCAAUCUUCAAGCUCAUAGCAGUUAUCCUUACAUAAGCGCAGGAUGAGACAUUUCUUCCCGAAGAAAUUCAUCUCCCUACCCGUCUCUACCAGUAGCCAAUAGGAUGGUAAGCCUUAAGUGUAGUGGUUGUUUCGCCGCAAAGGAUGAAGGCGAGUUCGAAAUCCGAUGCAAAGGACACGGAGGGCAGGCUUGCUCUCGCAGUGCAGGCAUUUGCAAAGCUUGCGUCAACACAAGCGGAGAUUUAGCGCGCAGCUUCUUCAAGACCGUCAACCGGACAAAGCAGAAAGAAAGUCUUUGCACACCAUGCCACGUGGAGCAGUCAAAGUCUCAAGUCUCAGCGGUAUCAUUUAUUUCAUAGUGUUUCUAUAUAUAAGAGUGAGUAAUGACAUUAUUAUUUUCUUCUCGGACAUUCAUUUCAGCAUGAGUAGACAUCUUUUCCCUUCUCACAUCCAGGUGAAAACCGCGCUAGUCAAGAACAACAGCGAGCAAGAGAUGACACAGUCCAUCAUGCAAAACCAUCCGUGGUUCCAGCAAUUCAUCACGAUGAGCACCAAGGACAAGAAAGAAGCUUUGGCAGAAUUAAAGCGACCUCCGUUCAAGGAAGUCGACGUCUCCAAGUUGAACAACAACGACUUGCUGCUAGCGCAGUCCAUGGCGCAGAACAGCAACAACAACAACAACAACGAAGAAGUGGCAAAAACUUUUCGUGACAUGAAACGACUCAAGCAUGAUCAUUACCCAUUCAAAAAGCUACUGCUGCCAAAAAACGGAGGAUCAUUUGCAUAUUGCAAGAAGCACUUCAAGCAGGUGAGCAGUUUUUGGAAAGAACAAGACAUAGACUAUUCGAAGUUAAGAUUUAGACAAUUAACAAAUUACUGGCAGAUAAAGGACAGCGCAGCAAGACUUGAACAAAGAGGAGUUCUUGUAUAAAUCAGAUCAUCCUGCUCUUCUCCGGCGACAACAUCGCAGUCAUCGCAGACCAUCACCUUUUUGUCCUCGACUUCAUCGAAGAGUCCAUCCAGCAUCUCAACCCGAAAGCGCAAGCUCAUUCAGAGCCGGGAGCAAAUUUAUGCUACAUAGCAUACUAUCUGUUCAAAGGUAGUUCUAUUUUCUUUGGCAUGAAAAGAAGAGAGAUUGCAGACUGAUAAAAGCAUGAUAUCUCUCGCACAAGAGAGCAGUUUUAAUUUCCAAUUUUCAUCACAUCAGCGAUUUCGAAAGAAAUCAAAAUGCAGAGCAGACUGAGCGACGCAAAAGUGUGCUUGUGGAGUUCCUACUUCUUCCACAAAUUCGCAAUGAUGGGAAUAGUCAACAUGAGUAACCCGUCCAUCAUCAACUCCAUGAUCCAAAUCCAACAAGCCACUAACAACUACAUGCAGUCCUUAGGAUCGAACAAAAGAGGAUCGCACGGAGACCAGUAUGGAGGUUUCGCCCCGCUGACAAAAGCGCCUUUCACCCCAGGAGGAGGCAAAGGAUCAAUACUGCAGCAGACGACGCAGCCACAGCAGUCACCAAGCGCGCCAUCCAGUUUCACCGCAACUCCGCAGCAAGCCAACUACAAGUCCUGGACCGUAGAGCAGAAGCAGCAGGAAAUCAAUAGAAUAUUGACACUACCAGCUGCAGACAGGAUGACAGCAGCGGCUAAUUUCGAAAAUGCCAAAAAAGUAGAUAGAGAAAUGGCAUACAAAUGGUUCGAAAUGCAUCCAACAGCUUGUCGAAGCUGUUAUUUAGCGGGACGCGGUCUCUCAAAGAGACACGAUAGAGGACUCCAGGCAUGCGAAGCACUAGGCACGGAGUGUAUGAUUAACUGCAGUCACUGUCCAAAGGGAAGCAUUGGGCUAGUAAAUGCAUAAAUCCCCCAGCCUCGAAGGGAGGAGGAAAGAAAGGAAAGCCGCAGUGGGGUCCACCACAGCAGGCAUGGCAGCCAGGUCAGCCAGUCCCUUUCGCACAGCCAUGGUAGUUUCAGCUCAUUGAACAGGUUGUAACCGACAUUGUGCGUUUUUUUGUUUGUCAACCACGUGCCGCUAAAGAUUUUUCGCAGAUUCGUCAAACAGACGUAAGAUUUUCCAGAAGUGCGACUUAGUGUUCCUCUAAGAUCCUGUUCCUCCACAGUCAAGAUCAAUUCUCUCUUUCGUAUUUUCAGCAAUAUACAUCAGAUCAGCAAUUGAAACAGUCCCAGUCGCCAUCUCAUCAAUAUCAAGAUCAGAACCACGCACACUUAAUUUCUCUCGCAUCACUUUUUAUCGUCCCAAGUCAUUUCUAUCAUUGUCAAUACAUCAAAAGACCCGUAGGAUGUCGAUGUCGCGCUACAAUAUGAAGCGAGCGAUAUGCUCGGCGCUAGGAGCGCAGCUCAAUCAAGAGCGAAAUGACAAAAAAAUGAAGAAAGACAAACCAAAAGAGGAAGUCAAAGUCCUCUUUGACAACGCAGCAGCACAGCCGGUACUUGUUUUUGUUUUAAGUUGGAACGAAGUCGCUUUGUCACGCUGCAUUAGAAAACUUCGUAUCUAAAUAAUCCAUUCAUUCAGGUAAGCCCGCAAGCAAAAGACCAACACCCGGUAGGGAAGUCUUUCGACAACAUCAUCGAGCCAGCCAUGAGCACCAUCGUGAGCGACGGCUUCGUUUUUGUAGACUCGCACUCGGAUAGCGAAGCAUACAAGAACUUCGUAAGCACCACCGCAGCGCCAAGCAGCAGCGCUAGUUCUUCCAGACCAUCGGGAAAGCAGAACGUCACACAGAGCGCCAAAGCCUACCAUGAAUUACAGCAGCGCGGAACAGUGCAGCCGAAGCCAGAAAGAAGUAGUGGCGUUCUAUCAGGAUCGAUAAAAAGUUACAAGUCUUUCUCGAAAGGAGAUGCAAUAGAAAUAGUUUUGUUUCCUCAAGGACCGCAAUGGUUCGUUUCCUUCGCUUCCAGAGACGAAGUUAGAGAAAAGCUUCUUCAUUCUCAUUUUGUUUUCACCAGUAGCAGUGUAGCAAAAUCUACGACAACAAAUUACACCAACGUCCUGAAGCAAGUAGUGCCAAGAGUAAGCGAGCAUUUAGGAAUGCUGCUCUGGCCGAUAACAAACGAGCAAGAAUGUAAUCUUUUUUUCAACACGUUUGCGUCAGAAAGCAGUUGCCACGAAGGAAUGACAGACAAAAACUCCGGCAAGAUAUUAUGGUCUUAUUUCCGAAGCCUUAGCGCAGCAAUAGGCUGUUACAACAGUUGCAGGCAUCAAGCAAGCUACUACAGCACGAGACUCAAAUCUCGGCCUUUCACUAGAGUAUGGGAAGGGAUGAAAUAAAAGAUCCGCACAGCUUCCGCUCAACGAGACAAAGAAGUUUCUUCCUUCCAUUUUGCAAAUAGAUUUCGUGUUGCACAAAGCAUAUCAGACUCUCCUUCUCCUUUGCUGUCCAACAGGCAUUGACGGUCCUAAGGCACCGAAAUUCACAGUCAAGCAUCUUUCGUCUUUUGAGGCUCUACAAGCCGCUCAGCAUUACCAGAUAGCCUUACUAGCAAGCAUCCAGUUCAUCGGAGUGCGACGUGGCGCAGAAAUGCGAGAACUUUUGACAGACGCCUUUAUAGUAAAAUUUUUGAACCCCUCCGUACCAAAAGACAACGAAAGAUACUUUUGCCUUCAAAUAGUAAAAGCAAAAAAUGAUAUAUAUGCACAGGGAAACUUCUGUGUCAUGCCCUGUUACUUAACUUUAAAAAUAGUCUCAUGGCUCAGAUGGGCGAAUGCCUUCAUAUACUAUAAUUUCAAAAAACCGUACUUGAGCGGCAGCUGUUCCGCCUUUUUUGUGAUAGCAUGCAACAACAGAGGAUCGAGAGGGACGCCUCUGUCGCAGGACCACCUCAGACUUAAGCUUAAAGACGUUUUCAAAAAGCACCUUCCAGGUUCAGUAAAAAUAGAAGGACCGCUAGGCUUGCGGAAAGCAGGCGCAAGGCACCUAGCGAGCCUUUCAAGAAACUUAGCUCACAAUCAGGGAGGUUGGGCUAAUUGCAAGAUGUUGGGCGAAGUCUACAGUCCGGUCACUCACGAAGAACUUGCUAUUAAAGUCAACGAAAGAUUCCCACGCACAUCCCUUUUCAAUGGAAUAAAAAAUCUCGCAGUACAGCUAGAGCAAGCGGUACUUCGCAGGGACGCACAGUCGAGCAGGUCGCUGUUAGAUAAAAUCAGUCAUUUUCCGCUCGGAAUAUCGCAAGCAGACUUUGAGAAAGCAGCGCCGACAGUGGCAAAAGGAGCAAAAGACGAGAAGCUUGACAAGAACAUUUUCAGAGAAGUGCACAAGAUUAUGAACGUCGAAUGAUAUUUAUCACCGGAAGAAUUUCUCGGACGCAAGCGGAGCUGUGUUCUAGCAGAAAAGUCGGCUCGAGUCGAAAGUCGCAUUCAGAAGUCAGCUCGCGCAGAGAGCUAGUAAGAGAGAUUCGCAAGAGCAAAGUAGUAGUCAGAGAGACUUUUCCUAUUAUAUCAAUGCUAACGUAGCCGUCGCUACCGUCGGGAAUAGGCAUUUAGAGAGAUGGCGGACUGGUGGCCAGAGUUCCCGCCACAGGCGAGCGAGACAGAAGUAGAUUUAGAACUGCAGCCGGACCCAGAAUGGAGCUUCGAAGAAUGCAGCAGCAUGGGUCUUCCGCUUUGCAGACAGUCUGCACUUGAAUUCCUGCGCAGCCAGAAAGGCCCCUCCGACGAAUGGAGAGACAAAGAAGACAUCACGACGCGCCAAGGGCUCAGUCUUUGCCCUUUCCAGAUGGCGAGAUACGGCGUCAAGCCAGAAGUGAUGAGAAGGCUAUUCGGAGGUCAGCUUUUCAGCAUAACAGACGCCACCUUCUCCCCAGUACAAGUAAAGAACUACUCAGGAGCAGACUUGUACGCCGACCACUUUUCCGACGAAAUUUGGAGAUUCGCAGCAAGCAGCAGAGUGUACAUCUACGACUCAUCAACUCCAAAAGACCUUUGCAUCGCGCCAGGAACAAUACUACGACAGAGGAACAAGAUGAGGCUAGUGACGGAUUGGAGCUGUCCAAAAAUUGCUCUGAGUCAAAGCAUAUACGGAACGCCAGUGGACUACAAGGGAUGGCGGCACCUCUUCCCACAUCUAUCACCAGGAGCUUACGUGUUCGGACUGGACCUUGCAGACUGCUACAGUCACUGGCCCAUACAUCCCUCUCAAAGAAGGAUGUUGGGCGUAGACGUGCCGCUCACCGGUUCCAAAGGAACGCACUUGCUCCUGCCGUUCGGCGUCAAAAGUGCCCCCGGCGACAACGAUUUGAACAUUAAGGAACUACUAUGAGUACAACAAAGAGCCGGCUUACGAGCAAUAGUGCUCGACUACGUUGAUGACGUAAGAGGAAUUCUGCCACAUCCUCUGUCGACAUGCUACCGAUCAACGCUGAAAGAGUUCCACAAGACGUACUUCAUGUUCUCCGUCAUGGGUUGCCGCUUGCACACAAAACCCGGCAAGAAGAUAGAACCAACGAAGCAGAUCCCUUGGUUAGGGUUCGAAGCAUGCACGGAGACGAUGUACUUCAUGAUCGACGAAGAGAGAAGAGAAAAAUACAUCAAGGACGCGGAGCAGUUCUAUGCAGAAGCGUCGGCGAAAGAGAACCUGCAGUCAACAGCAAAAACAGUCGCCAUGAUAGUGGGCAAGUUCAUUUCCAUCACCGUCGUAUUAGACGGCCCUUUGCAAAACCUUCAGGACUGCCUCAACAAGUCCAACUGCUACCGGCUUUGGCAGACAUGCAAUAGUCACAGCCCCAAGGUCUACCUGACAGCAGCCGCGCUACAGGACGUGCAGUGGUGGAUAGUAGAAAUCAAGAAGAAACCGAAAAGGAAGAUCCACUUCUACGGCUCCCGCUCCUUCCUCUGGGACAAAGAAGUUCUCAGCUACGGAUCACAAUUCCUGCGUUCAAUUCCUUCGAGCGCGUUCUUGAUCAUGAGAGGCGACGCGGCCACCGGCGGAAGGUGGGGAGCAACUUGUGAUGGUCAUCAUUAUGCAGAAGAUUUUCCGCUGUGGUUAGCGAACAGCAACAUCAACGUCAAAGAAUCAGCAACGCCAGCGCUGGCGCUGGAAAAGAUGAAGCAAUUAGGGAAGAUAGGUCAAAAACAUCUUUUUUUGUACUACACGGACAACAUGACUGCCAGACGUUUUGUCAACAAAGGAAAGCACGGCGACGAGCAGAUGAACGCGCUGACAAGAAGAUACAAGUCUUUCAUGGCCAACAACAACCUAGAAGGAAUAGGUGCAAAAAUUUACGGCAAGGAAAACGUUGUGGCCGACUGCCUUAGCAGGUUCGACGACUACAUCAAGCCAUACCAGGACCCAGAACCCAGCAGAUUUUUGAACACAAGAGCAUGGAACCACAUACAAAAGAAGAUCCCAGGUCUGCAUACAGAAGCACUCAGCACAGUCACAGCAGAAGAAGUACGUCUUCCAGCUUCUUACAUCGUCAAUUUUCAGCCUUUUGAGCACAUCGACGAAAUCGCAAAAAAGCCCAGCUGGUGGCUCCCGCCGGGGGAACUAGUUUUUGCAACUUUGCAGUUCCUUGGGGCCGGCGCGACGGAUGAUCAUUUUGCUCCCUUUUUCUCUCGGAUUUCUUCAAUUUAAGAAAUUUCCUAACUGCCGCGCACUGAGGUCGCGCCCAACGAGCAGAAUUGCCCAGGGCCUGGCGUGUGCGGCCCCACAAAGAAGCGGCGUCGCCCCUGUGGGGCCGCUUGCGAUUGCGCUGGUGCUCUUGGGGGCCCGGAUGCCACGCUGGGCUGUGGCAUUCCGGGGACCCUGCCGGAGGGGAAGUGGGGCGCGGGCGCGGUUGGUCCAGGCCGCGCAGGCGCCCACCCUGCCUGGGGGCCUGGCGCAAACUGGCCAACCGGGGCCGAGCGCCGAAGCGAAGCAGGGGGAACGGUAGGCAUGCGUCCUUGUAUGGGCCACGCCGGAGGGGGAAGAGGGCACGGCCAAGCUUGGUAGGGCGCGUGAAGCGCGGGCGCCCGUUCCAUUCCAGGCACGGGGCCCCCAAGGAAGCCGGGAGGAGACAUAGAGCACAGGAUCCAUGCUCGGCCGGGGGUUGUGACCCGCCAUCAGCGGGGCGCCCUCCCGAAGGCAGGGACCGGCGCGGCGCCUUCGCCACGUCCCGGGCCCAUUUCGCGCCCAAUAUCCCCGGCCCCCUUUCUGUAUCCCGGGGCCCCAGUUUUCGCCGUCCUUCCGAAGGAAGGUCGCGCGAAAACUUAUGGUCAUCACCUUCUCCAGAUUUCCUCAUUAUUUUCACAUCAUUUUCUCAUCAUUUUGUCCAGCCGACAAAAUGACGAGGUCGCUAUAACCGUGGUCGUCAGGUCGUGGAACGGACAAAAUGAUGGAGGUGCGUUUGAGAAAAUAAUGAGAAAAUCUGAAGAAAAUAAUUCGCAAGAUUUUUCCUAAUUUUCUCCGGUUCUUCCCGAGGUCCCGGACAAGAGGUUCCGGACGUCGGGAGAAAAUCUGGAGAAAAUUGGGACAAAAUGAUCGCCCAGAAAACGGCCCCCGCCGAAUCGCCCAGCGCGGGUGUUUUGGUUAGGGCACACAAGGGGCCCGGCGUACAGGCGCCAUCCCGAGGGCCCUUCCUGUUUCGCGCCUGGCCUUGCUGGCUCUUCUGCCGCUGCGCCAUUUCUAGGGCAACACGGCCUGCAUUCUCCGGCCGGCCCCACUUAAAUUGAGAGGCCGCCGCCAGCAACGAGGCAGCAAAGGGCUAAAUACACACGCACCGGGCGCCCGCGGGCCUUCGUGAGGGUGGCCCCGUGCCCUCUCCAGUCCCCCGGCUUCUUUUGCCGGAGCAACCAAAGCCCCCCGGUGCGCCCGGCCUUGCGACCAGCCAUCUGACUACGGCGUACCACGGCCAAGCCCCGGGCGGCUCCCUGUUUUGAAGAGCCGGCCGGCGUGGCGACAUGAUCCCGGCACGCGUUGGCUUGGGCGGCUGUUUUUGCCGGGCCGAAUUUCCGCGCGACGGCUUGGGGCCACGCUUUCAUCUAGCGGGCGCCGAACGCUUUUGGGGCCCCGGGGGGGAAGAGUUUUUUUUUGAAAGAAAAACCGAAGAAAUCCAAAAGCUGGCGCGGUUUCGUCAUUCAUCUGACCACGGUGCUCCCAAAGUUCCUGGAAAAAGUGAUCAAGAACGUCCCCAUCGCAAACCGACCACGGCUAGCGCUAUUCAUCCCAGACGCGGGAGGAAGAUUCGCACAGAAAGCCGCCUCUUUCUUCAGAGCGAAGAUCAAGCACAAGAAGGGUUCUCACAUCUUCGCAACCACCAGACACGGGGGACAAAUAGCAGCACAAGACAGCUACGAAGUACUUCUUUCUGUACCGAUAGACAAGUGGUGCGACGAAGUGUGUGGCUGAGUUGCGGUUGAUCUCGCCGCAGUGCGAGAAGCUGCUAAGCAGCGCAGUUUUCUGCAGAGCAGUCAGUUUGCCAUUCAACACAGUCUUCAAAUGCAUAUCAGAAGCUAAAGAGCAGCUAACUCUUCACAUUUGCAACUGCAUCUCGGUCACACCGAAAGGAGUGGCCGAAGUGCUCUUCAAAAAAUAUCCUCAUGCAAACACAUACAUGCUUCCAGCAGAGAAAAAACCGUUUCGAUCUUUUUCCAUUUUUCACCCAGUUGUAAACAUUUACGCCAUGUGGGCACCAGGCCCGCCGUCACAUGUACACCCUUUUGACACUGCUCAAAGCAGGCUAGAUGCUUUCAAUGACUCCAUGUACAAAAUAGCAAUUCACAGCAUCAACAACGGCGUCAAAUCAAUCGCCAUCCCUCUGAGAAUAGGAUGUGGCAGAAAUGCCGGAAAAAUGCAAGACUACGCGAUCGUUCUAGACAGGUUCUACAGCAAACGCACAAGUCACAACAUAAAAGUCGUUUUUUAUGACGCAGCUGUCAAAAACAAGUUUUGCAUACUCAUAGCCCAAAAUGCCCACAAUGCCUUUUCUCGAGCACGUUCGCGCGAGGCGUUCGCUCGUCCUAGAGCGAGCGUUAGUGUGUGUUCUUGAUGGAUCCGCUCUGCCUGGCUUCACGGAUCGUCGGGUGACGGGCAAAAUAUGAGUUCUACGAAUUUUCUCCACGACGAUAAAUUUUAUGCUUCGAGAAAUUCGGAGAAUUUCGCUAGCGUCAGUUUUGAGUCGAAGAAAAUGAGUGUGAGGGAGUCUGAGUCUACGCUGUUCUGAGCGCGGUGGGUCGCGCAUACCGUAUAAACGCGAGUCCAUUUUCUCUUUUCUCCCGCCCUCCUCGCCCUAGAGGAAGUCAUUUAGGGACGUUGUUCUCACCGGAGCCAGCGCGCGUUUCUUGCUGGCACUUCUUGGGUUUCGAGAGAGUGUCUGAGUCUGAGGAGAGUCUCCUCCUUUUCUUCGACUAGCCAGGCGUUUCUCUGAAGCCGGGCGGGGCUUCCGUCUCGAGCACGUUCGCGCGAAGCGUUCGUUCGUCCUAGAGCGAGCGUUAGUGUGUGUUCUUGAUGGAUCCGCUCUGCCUGGCUUCACGGAUCGUCGGGUGACGGGCAAAAUAUGAGUUCUACGAAUUUUCUCCACGACGAUAAAAUUGGGAUGAUGUGAUCUGAGGAGGAGGAUGAUGAUGAAGAU